AUGGCGGCGGCGGCGGCGGCGGGCGGAGCGAGCCGCGGGCUCUGGGGGCGCCUGAGGGACAGCCGGCUCGCCCAUCCAUCCAUCCAUCCAUCCAUUCCCGGGGUCUCUCAUCUCCCUGACCCCCCUGUCUGUCUGUCCAUUCCCCGUCCAUUCCCCGUCCAUCCAUCCAUCCAUCCAUCCAUCCAUCCAUUCCCGGGGUCUCUCCUGUCCCUGACCCCCUGUCCAUCUAUUCCCCAUCCAUCCAUCCAUCCAUCCCUCCCCAUCCAUUCCCCAUCCAACCAUUCCCCAUCUAUCCAUUCCCGGGGGUCUCUCCCUCAUUCCCUGUCCCUGACCCCCCUGUCCAUCCAUUCCCCAUCCAUUCCCCAUCCAUCCAUCCAUCCAUCCAUCCCGGGGUCUCUCCUGACCCUGACCCCUUCUCCAUCCAUCCUGUCCCUGACCCCUUGUCCGUCCAUCCAUUCCCCAUCCCUCCCCAUUCCUCCAUUCCCCAUCCACCCAUCCCUUCCCCACCCCUCCCGCUCCCUCCCCGCAGGCCGCUGGUGCCGAGCCCUGCUCCGCGACUACUCCACCUCCGUGCGCGAAGCCGCCGCCGCCGCCCGGCGCCGCCCGCUGCCCGCGCUGCUCUCCGCCGCCUCGCUGGCGCUGUGCGCGGCGCUGGCGCGCUCCGUGCCGGACCGGGACUCUCUGGAGAGCGCGGCCGUGGCGGCGGCGGCCGAGCUGGGGCGGCUCCCGGCGGGGUCGCGGAGCCCCCGCGCCGAGCGCAGGGUGCGGCGGCUGCUGCGGCUGCGGGAGCUGGGGCGGCUCCGCGUCCGCGACCUGGGGCUGGUGGCCGUGGCCGCGGCCGAGCCCCGGGCCGCCGACGCCGCGCUCUACUCGGCGCUGUGCCCGCACCUCCGCCCGCCGCCCUGGAGCUUCGGGGAGCUGCUGGAUUUGGGCUUCCUGGGGCGCUGGUGGCUGCUGCGGGAGGCGCUGAAGGACUGCGACGUCAACGACGAGGAGUUCGGGCACCUGCCGGAGCCGCUGCGCCGCCUGAGCCGCCGGGAGCUGCGCUCGGAGCGCAACGAGCGCCUGCACCGCCAGAACCGCAGCGCCGUGGAGCUGAGCCCCGCCGUGGAGCUGAGCCCCACGGAGCUGAGCCCCGCCGCGGAGCUGAGCCCCGCCAGAAGCACAGCGCCGUGGAGCUGAGCCCCGCCGCGGAGCUGAGCCCCACGGAGCUGAGCCCCGCCGCGGAGCUGAGCCCCGCCAGAAGCACAGCGCCGUGGAGCUGAGCCCCGCCGUGGAGCUGAGCCCCACAGAGCUGAGCCCCGCCAGAAGCACAGCGCCGUGGAGCUGAGCCCUGCCAUGGAGCUGAGCCCUGCCGUGGAGCUGAGCACCGCCGUGGAGCUGAGCCCUGCGGAGCUGAGCCCUGCCGUGGAGCUGAGCCCCGCGUGGAGCUGAGCCCCGCCGUGGAGCUGAGCCCCGCGGUGGAGCUGAGCCCCGCCGUGGAGCUGAGCCCCGCCGUGGAGCUGAGCCCUGCCGUGGAGCUGAGCCCCGCGGUGGAGCUGGGCACCGCCAGAACCACAGCGCCGUGGAGCUGAGCCCCGCCGCGGAGCUGAGCCCCGCCACGGAGCUGAGCCCUGCCGUGGAGCUGAGCCCCGCCGUGGAGCUGAGCCCCGCCGUGGAGCUGAGCCCCGCCGUGGAGCUGAGCCCUGCCGAGAGGGGCGGCCCGCGACGGGCUGAGAACGGGGAGAAGCGGGGAGGAAAAAUGCGUGAAUAAUAUGGGUGAAAAAAAGUGAAAAAAUGCGUGAAUAUGUGGGGAAAAAAUGCGUGAAUAUGGGUAAAAAAAGUGGAAAAAUGCGUCAAUAUAUGGGGGAAAAAAGGGAAUGUGGGGGGAAAAAAGGCGAAAAAAUGCGUGAAUAUGGGUGAAAAAGGUGGAAAAAUGUGUGAAUAUGGGUAAAAAAGGUGAAAAUGUGUGAAUAUGUGUGAAAAAAAGUGAGAAAAUGUGUGAACAUGGGUAAAAAAAGGUGAAAAAUGUGUGAAUAUGGGUGAAAAGGUGGAAAAGAAAGGGUGGAA